GGGACAUACAGCGUCUCUCAAGGGACUUACACAAAGGCCCCAUCUGUUUUCAUCUUUGGAUUACAACAAUAUUUAAAGACUGAAACAGUGAAUCCAGCAUGGGAACCAACCCAAAAAGGACAGUGACAGUCCAGAUGGUGCCUCAGCUGGCUGUGAUAGACACGCUGGGCAAUAAGGAGCCGAAUGCCAACUGGGUGAACGAGCCCAACCUCCAACUCUCUCAGGUUUGUCCAAAAACAACCCUCACAUCUCCCGAUCACACUCAGGAUAACUCAUCUCUGACUGCUGCUCCCGAUAUCACACAAAUCCCCAAAACUGCUUCAAAGGGAGGAGAGCCAGUCUGCAGCGCUGUGUCAGACAAACCAGUACCGACUAAUGGAAACCAGACGAAGACAGAACCUGUGACAGGAGGAGAUCAACAGAUGCAAGACCUGUCUCUAACAAGCCAAAGUGUGGGUGAAGCAGGACGAGACCAGAGGGAUUCAAACGCUAAUAUUAAAAUGUUUAGCCAGGCUGAUAAAAAGGAUAUCUGUAAGGCAGAUACAGCUCUAACAGCCUCAAAGAUCGACAUGCAGAACAAUGAUUGCAGAAUAAAGGGGCCGAGUGCAGCAGAGGAGGAAUGUACAAAGUUGGCAUCCUCCUCACGAGAGGACAGUAAUAAAAAUGUACCUGCAAGUAAUACAAAUCUCAACAACCCCUGUGAAUUAAGGCAUACAGCAUCUGAACUACAACACGAUAAUAAAGGGAGCAGUACAGCUCCAAAAAAUAAGGACACAGCUGUACCACAAAAACUUCAAGAGCCGGAUCACAUGUGUAGCAGCUCACAAAGCUCUGUCAGUCCGAAGGAGACUCCCAAAGCUCAACAACGCAUAGAAACUACUGCAGCUUCUCAUUGCUCAACUACACCUCCGUCUAAGAGCAAUGAUGUAGAGGUUAGGUGUACUGAUAAGACUUCAAGUUCAUCACAUCCAGAGAAGGACUUGCCACCAGUAACGAAAAAACCUCAUGUCUCCUCAGAUAAACAUCAUCCAGCAUCUUCACAGAAGGACUCCUCCACUCUGCCCCAGGCGUCACAAAUCAUGAAGGCAGAUGCGUCGGAGGAAGCCAUCCAGAUCAACACAUCUGUCUCUGAAGGGCAGCAGCAGCUCAGCAAGCUGUUCAAGGAGGCUUCAACGAUGACUUUAUCCCCGUUCCCCACCCCAGUUAAGCAGCUUCAUGAUAUGGAGGUUCAGGCGGUUGCAAAUAUGUGCAGCAAGGCCGUGUCCACAAGUCCCAGCCUGCUGCCUUUCACUGUGCCUCGCAACGGUGGAGCGGUCCCCAUGGAGGCGGCGCAGAGCCUGGCUGUCGUCUACCAGGCCGACGGGGGUGUGGGAAUACAUCAGAUCAGCAUGAGUCCUCUACCUACUGAUCCAAGGUCAGAGAGACUCACGGUUGAGGCGGAGAUGUGCCCCAACCAAAACGUCGGUGUGGUUUUUCCUUUAGAAACUUUGUCCCAGCAGCAGGACAAAAGGCUCGGAGCAAAGCCUAAAGACUCGGCUCCCUGCAACACACAGCCAGUUUAUCAGAUCAAUAUUGAACACAGCAACCCCAAGGAGCAAGGAGAGACCGGUAACUCCCAGAAUAAAACAAGUGUUCAGAAAUCUACAGCAAAAACAGCCACUACUGAGGCUCCCUCUCUUAUAUCAGGAAAAACCCAAGAGACAGCCGGUGCUUCCAAGGCUGGAUCUGCUGACAGUAACAAAGCUGCGCUGUCUCAGGCUGCUGUGAAAACCAAGCCAACUCAAGCCCCGCCAACAACAGCAACAACAGCAACAAAAACAGCAUCCAAGCCAGAACCAAGGAAAGUAAAAGCUGCAAGUCCGAAACAGAAGGCUAAAGCUGGUGGUAAAGCCUCGAAGAAGGAGACAAAGUCAAGCAAACAGAAGAUGGAACAAGAGAGGAAGAAAGAAGAGGAUGAGCUGAGGGAAAAGGUCAUCCAUGAUGUCGUCUGGGAUGAACAGGGCAUGACCUGGGAGGUCUACGGGGCGUCGGUGGACCCAGAAUCCCUUGGUUUUGCCAUUCAGAGCCACUUGCAGUGCAAAAUCAAGGAGCAAGAGAGGAAACUGGUGGUGCAGACCUCCAUCAGGAAGUCGGUCUCUGGUGCGGACUCGCCGGCACACGGCAAGAAGAACAAAAGGAGGCAGCAGAACAUUUUCAGGUCAAUGCUGCAAAAUGUCAGACGGCCAAACUGCUGCGUGAAUCCCCCUUCCUCCUCCGUCCUCGAGUAGCGAAGCGCAGAGGUAGCCAAUGUCAAACUCUUCCCUUUUUCCUAGAGGUCAAAAUGUUUGUCCUCCGCAAUGCCAAGUGAAAGCAUUAAUGAGGCGACGAUCCCUGUAAGUAGGUCAGUGAGUAAGUAGACUGGACUGUUGUAGCAUAAAGAGUCAAACUAUUUGUGAUGUUUGUGAAGAAGGUAGAAAAUAGAAAUAUACUAUGAACAACCCAAGAUUUAUUUUAUAGAAAUAGAAUUGAUAAAAAGAGAGAACUUGAACUAACAGAGGCAAUAAUAGAGGAACGCAUGUAUAAGUUAGGAUUGUGUGACCUAAAGUGGAGUGCAGACCUUCACAGGGAAAGGCACUGAGCGCAGGGUAGACAUAUUACUAAAUAUUUGUGCAACUAUAACCAACAUCUCAUUGCAUUUGGUGCAUUUGGUAUAUGUUUUUCAGGUGUUUCUUUCGGGCCCUAUAUUUAUAAGAUUGUUGUAUUUUCCUUUCAUGCACAUUUAUCUUUAGUAAGUGAUUAUGUUGUGCAAAAAAGGGACUGUAUGCAAACAUGCGCUGUUUAAUCUCUGUUCUUCUUUGGUUUUCUAUUAAAACAACACAAAACUAA